UCAAUACAAAAGCACGUGUGCUUACACCAACCACGUAAAAGAAAAAACCUCAAACCUUAUAGAAAAGCAAACAAACAGAGAUCAUGAACUACAAAGAAGAACAAUUUCAAUUAACAAAUCCCAGAAGCCCUGAGCUCCCUGAGCUCAUCCCCAGGGGAGCCUGGAAGGCCAUCUUUGUUCAGAAUCAGAAUCACAGAGGGUGGGGGUUGAAGAGCCUAACCUCCAUAGCUCACCCUCUUUUCGGCUUGUUAGGCUCGACCAAUCAACUGCUCAAAUCCAACUUGCAGUAUUGGGUCUCAAAGAAACAGAGAAGAGAUGGACUUGAUUGACUGGAGCCCAAAUUGGCAACUCAGAAGAUGCUGCAACCGCGACCAAGUGACCUUCCUCAUCUCUGUUGCUGUCUGCAUUGUCGUUAUACUUGUGCUGUGGAGGACAGUACUGAUGACACCAUUUAAGCUUAUAACUGUGUUUCUUCAUGAGGUGAGCCAUGCAUUGGCUUGUAUGCUUACAUGUGGUAAGGUGGAAGGGAUUAAAGUUCAUGCAGAUGAAGGAGGAGUCACACAAACUCGUGGUGGCAUAUACUGGCUAAUUUUGCCAGCGGGAUAUCUUGGUUCAUCCUUUUGGGGGAUGGUAUUGAUUCUUGCAUCCACAAAACAUCUUGCUACACAAAUAGCUGCUGGCUGUUUCAUCGUUGCCCUAUUUGUUGUACUCUUUUUAGCUAAAAAUUGGACACUUCGAGGACUUUGUAUAGGAUUCAUUAUUUUAUUUGCUGGAAUUUGGUAUCUGCAAGAAACAACGCCAGUUCGUAUACUAAGGGAAAUAAUUCUGUUUACUGGUGUAAUGAACAGCUUGUUUUCAGUUUAUGACAUCUAUGAUGAUCUUAUAUCACGCAGAGUAAAUUCUAGUGAUGCAGAGAGAUUUGCAGAAGAGUGUCCAUGCUGCACUGGUUGUGGAUGGGGUGUCAUUUGGGCGUUCAUAUCUUUCUUCUUUCUCUGUGGAUCCAUGUACCUUGCUCUUGUGGUUUUGGCUUGAGCAAGCGUUGCAGAUAGGCCAGACAUGAACUCUGUUCAUCUCAUGCUUUCGAGCGGUUUAUUUACUUUGGCCAGACCAGGCAAACCUGGACUUCAAGAUAGACAACUACCUCUGCUUCAGCUAUUACCAAAGCUCAUGCUACUAGUUUGAUUCAACGGUGCUCCUAAGGCUUCUGGGGAGACUAGUUUUGUUGAGGAUUUUUCUAGGAAUUCAGUGUCUCAUUCUUGUUUUGAUGAAGGUAGAUGACCUACUACAUCUACAAUGUCAAGGUGUGAUGAUGUGAUGCAAUUUUGUGUAAUUGUAAAGCUUAUACAAAUAUAAUAUAAU